GAUCGGACUCGAGGCCAGACCGCGCACUUUUCUUUCUGUGGACUCUUACAACGGCGACAAAUUGCGCGAGAUUGUGCAGCCCGCACAGGGUAUCUUUCACCAUGUUCGCCACUAAGCGUCUGAGCAAGGAGCUCAUCAAGGUAGAUCCGGUCCCUGCGCCCCUUCGCCCUUUUACCCUCGGUGGUUGCGUUAUGUCUCAGCUUAAUUCACCCUGGCAUUGUGCCGUCUCUUGACACCCUCAAGCCGGUCGUUUACAUACAUUUGCGGAUUGGAAACAAGUGCUGAUCGCCUCGUCACAGAUGAAAGAGCAUAUGCCGCCCGGAAUCUCAAUUGUGAAAUCGGAAAAUCUAGAGGAAUGGCAAAUGGAUAUCCAGGUCUUGGACGACAACCCUCUCUACCAGAACGAGAUCUAUCGGUUAAAGUUCACGUUUAGCUCCAAGUACCCGAUUGAACCCCCGGAAGUCCAAUUUAUCGAGUCCAAGACCUCCGACACUCCGCGUCCCAUCCCCAUUCACCCGCACAUCUACAGCAACGGCAUCAUCUGUCUCGAUCUCCUCAGCUCGGCUGGCUGGUCGCCCGUCCAAACAGUCGAGAGCGUCUGCAUGAGCAUCCAGAGCAUGCUGACCGCCAACUCGCGCAACGAACGACCGCCCGGCGAUAGCGACUUCGUCUCGUAUAAUAAGCGGAGGCCGCGCGAUAUCAACUUCAUGUAUGAUGACGACAACGUCUAAUUCUCGACACGCUUUUUUCGGCGAGAACCGGUGCCGGGAUAGAGAGAAUGGGAGAAGGCGGAGCUGUACAGUUUGAUUUGAUUUGCAACAUGGCAUCGUACAUACAUACAACCGCAUCCCGCUUUUCAUGGUUGAGCGCCUUGG